CUUAUGCCAGUGACUAUCUGCAGUUGCUGCGAGAGACAGUUUGGGGACCAAACUACUGCUGGAGCCAUGACUGAGCUGAACGAACCCACUAACCCAGUAACCUCACGACUCUGCUACCGGCCUUGUGUGAAGCUGAAAUUGUGUGCCCUGGACAACAUCCGAAUUAAUGUGACUCUCCUGAAUAAUGAUGGGGAACUGCACGAAAAACAGGUUGUCCUCAACGUCACCUAUGAUGGUGGCCAGAUAUAUGUAAAUGAUUUUCCUAUGAAGACUGGGGUAUCCCGCAUAAGAUGCCAGACCUUAAUAGAAGAGAACGGAAAUUCUGGAAACCUACCUGUCGAAGGGAACUUUGGAGUUGUCAGUCUUCGAAUUUUAGUUCAUGUAUGGCCCAUGACUUCCAAGUCUGAUGUGCAGCUGAUUGUCGUUCAACAGGAGGUGAUGGAGAUUGAUGGAAAACAAGUUCAACAAAAGGAUAUGAUUGAAAUUGAUAUUUUAGUUAAGGAGGAGAGAAUUCUCAGACGGACGAAUUACACAGUUCCUCUACAGGAAAGCAUGCUGUACUCUAUUCCCGUGGGCAGUGACAUCGUAUUGACACCUCCUAAUCUUUCCAGAAAAGCCAGUGAUGGUCCACUGCAGACAACGAGCCAAUAUCUUCUCAGGAAUGUGGAAACUACCGUAGAUGAAGACACACUUGCCGUCAAGUUGCCUGAAACCCCUCUUCGAGCAGAGUCUCCGUCUUCAUACAGAGUGAUGUGCCGGUGGAUGGAGGGUGUGAGAGAAGAUUUACGGAGAUUCUGGGUUAAAGCCUUCCCGGUGCUGUUUAAAUUUAUGAACGUCAUGCUGGUUGGAAUCAUAGGAGCAGCUGUGAUCAUAACGUUUUUAACCAUGUUUUUUCCCGGGCAGGAGAGCAAAGGAAUUCUUCGCUUGGAUAAAGUGAACGCUGUACCUAUAGCAUCCAUCAACCCUUUUCCCAAUAUCCCAGAGAAGGCAAAGGACGAGAAGAUGGGCGUUGACUACGACGUGCACUGUGGAGCGAGUCUCUUGUAGUCCUGAGAUUUGGCGCUCAGAUCCUGAAAUUCGAGUCAUUUUGCUUAGCCAAGGUUAGAAACCAAAUUAAGAAGGGUGUUUAAUAACGAGCAUGCUAAGAGCCAGUCUGGCUGUCAGCUGUAAUGAGUUUGUUAAGGUGUGGGAGUUGCAACUCUAGCUGGCAAGAAUGGGGCGGAGGAAGGAAAAGCCAUGCAGAGCCCGGGUCGGAGUGCGUACUGAAAGACCCUUCGCUCAUCCUAGACCACUACCCUUCUGGGUGCCUUUUAUUGAGAAAAUUCAGUCCAGCUACUAUCGAACAAGUUGCACAAAACAAUUAGCUGGAUCUCAAGCACUUUAUGAAAAGGCCAAGAAGUUGUGAAAGCACUUAUUUUUUAAUCGGUUCGUGAUGUGCCUUUUGUAUAAAGUUUGAGGCUGAAGGUCCAACAACAAAAAAACCCCUUCAAAAAUGAACAAGAUUGCUUUUAUGAUAGCUCCCGUACGGAGGACGCUUAAUGGGAAAUGAUCAAGAUUCAAAUAUGUUGUAAACACACGUGCUCACUUCCAAAUAAAUUCUCAAUUUUUUUGAAAAGA